AUGGAGGCACCACGACUUGCACUAGCAAAACUACCAAGUGGGCCUGCGCCUAUUACAGCAGAACAACGCUAUUGGCGUGGAUUCAAGUCGUACAUAACACACAAGGAAAUUGCGUCUGUUUCACAUAUCCACUUUUGUGCCAAAGACCCCCACGACUUUGCAGUAACAAGCUCAGCACGCGUCCAAAUAUAUUCUUCACAGACAUGUAGAGUUAAAAAGAGCAUUGCUCGGUUUAAAGACACUGCAUAUUGUGGUGAAAUUCGUCAAGACGGAAGAAUAUUGAUUGCAGGAGACGCAGGAGGAACUGUUCAGCUGUUUGAUACAGCAACACGGUCGAUUCUAAAGAGCCUUUACUCACAUAAACUUGCAGUACAUGUAACAAAGUUCUCGCCUUGCAGACAAACAGUGUUUCUCUCGGGAUCAGAUGAUAAGACAAUCCGAAUAUGGGAUUUAACAGAGUGUAUAGAAACAUGUGUAUUAGAAGGAAAUGAAGAUUAUAUAAGAGCAGCGGAAUUCCUAUAUACAUCAGAUGUGGUUCUAAGUGGAGGAUAUGACGGGACAGUUCGUCUAUGGGAUACACGAAUUGGAGGAGAUAAAAGAGAAAUAAAAAGGUUUCAACAUGGAGACAGUGUGGACGCAGUUGUCUCACUUAAAGAGGGAUCAAUUAUUUUAAGUGCAGGAGGGCCGGUAAUUAAAAUAUGGGAUGUAGUAGGAGGAAGAGAACGAGCACUUAAAAUAAUACAGAAGCAUCAAAAGAACGUAAUGUGUCUUAUAAGAAAUAAAGAGGGCUCAAGAGUUCUUAGUGGAGGACUGGAUAGACAUGUAAAGAUAUAUGACGUCAAAGAUUGGAAAACAGUGCACAGUAUAAAGUAUGCAGGAGCAGUGGUAUCACUAGGAAUAUCGCCGGAUAAUAAGCAUCUUGCAGUGGGGAUGGUAUCAGGAGUACUUUCUAUUCGGUCAAGAGAGACAGGGAAAAGGGUGCCGGAGAGGACAGAGAGGAUAGGAGAGAGAAAAGGGAGGGAAAAAGUUGAUAAAGCGGAAGGGAUUGAAGAAAUAGAUCUAUUUGGGGUGCUAGAUGGGACGGGAAGUGUUUUGUAUAGAGAGAGGGGAGAUAAAAAGGAAAAAAAAGGUGGAGAGAUGUUAGUAAUAGAAGAGGAAAAAAGAAAAAAACUUCGGGAAUAUGAUAAGGCAUUGAAGUCGUUUCGGUAUGGAGAUGCACUGGACAUGGUGGUGGAAAAAGAAAAAGCGGCUAUAGUUAUAUAUACGAUGAUUAAUGAAUUGAAGCAUCGACAGGGAUUGCGGCAGGCGCUGGAGAAUCGGGAUGAUAUAUCGUUGGAGCCGAUUUUGCGGUGGCUUAUUCGUUAUUUGGGGAAUCCUCGUUAUGUGUUUACGAUUAUUGAUGUUUUUAUGAUGAUUAUUGAUUUAUAUGGAGCAGCGCUAGGACAUUCGGUUCUGAUUCAAAAUCUUUUAAUGCGUUUAUCAAAACGAGUUUCUCAGGAAAUCGAGUACUGUAAAGAGGCAUAUUCAUGUAGCGGAAUGCUUGAGAUGCUUUUUCGGGAAAACCAAGGGAUAUGA